UAUUAAUUUCUCAGCUGAUCCGCCAAUCCUAGUACUCUCAAAACCCCAUUUCAUUUUCUCAAACACUUUUGACGUACACACGCACACUCAAACCAUCUGAGAUGAAUGAUCAAGGGGCUGGGACUAGCCAAGCAGCACAAGAUCAUGAUGAUCAUGGUGAAGAUCAAGAGCAGAUCAUCAGGGACAUCCAUGCCUUGACACCGCCUCGUCCACCGCCUCCCGGCAACCUCGGUCGUAGAAGAGAAGCUUGGGAAACUGGUAGCCAUAGAUCAUCAUCUUUGUCCAUGGCCAGCACUGAGUUAGGAACAGCUUCAACUGAGAACUUCACUACCAUGAGUAGAGAAUUCAGUGCUCUUGUGGUUGCAGGGUCAGCAAUCGGGACUAAUAAUAGUACCACCAAUGAUAGUGACCAUGGUACUGAUAACAAUAAUUUGGGUAGGAUUGGAGAGGAGGAGGACAACAAUAUGCCUGAGGAGGAGCUGGAGACCAACCCUUUGGCUAUAGUCCCGGAUAAUUACAACCCUGUGGACCCAGUUCCUUAUUCUCCAAGGAAUAAUGAGGCUAAUAAUCAUAGAAUUGGCUCUUCAUCAAGCAUGGUUAGGACUCGGGAUUACCAAGGCGGCAGCGGCGGCGAUCAGACGGUGUCGGUGCAUCGGGUGAAGAAGGAAGAGGUUGAAACAAAGAUAUCGGCUUGGCAAAACAACAAGAUUGCCAAGCUUAAUAACAGGUUUAAGAGGGAGGAUGCUAUUGUUAAUGGGUGGGAAAGUGAGCAAGUACAGAAAGCUUCUUCAUGGAUGAAGAAAGUAGAGAGAAAGUUGGAGGAGAAAAGAGUAAGAGCCCUAGAGAAGAUGCAAAAUGAUAUAGCCAAAGCACGUAGGAAAGCAGAGGAGAGGAAGGCAUCGGCUGAGGCUAAAAGGGGAACAAAAGUGGCUAGGGUUCUUGAAGUUGCCAAUCUAAUGAGAGCUGUUGGAAGAGCACCUGCCAAAAAAUCCUUCUUCUAGGCUUCUAGCCCCCUUAAUUAAUUUUUUAUAAUAUCCCAAACAAAUUCAUACCCACAAAUAAACCCCAAAAAAAACAAAAACAAAAAAAAUUAUUUGGGCAAAUAAGUGCCCCAUGAUCAUAUGAUGCAAGGGCCUUUACCUUUUGAACAAAGGCUCCCCUAUAUGAAAUGGGGCAGUGAAGUCAGAGAAAUCUGGCAACUAUGAAUUUUGAGUGUUUUUGGUUGAUGCGUUCUUAUGAGUGUCUUAAGUGUGCUGGAAUUUUGGGAUGGAUUUGCUAGUUCUUGUAGUGGAACAACGUCGAAUCUUGUGCAGUUUUCGUAUUCUUGGGCAGGAGGUUAAGUGUGAUGUUGUAAUACAUAUAAUUUCCUACGCCUAAUUUUGGUGUAUUUUAUUUUCCGCCUAUGAAAUGGAAUGAUAAUUUGCAGUAAUUCUGUAUUUGCCAUGCCUAGUGGUUUGAAUUUGCGAGUAAGCAGAGUAUUAAAGUGAUUGAUUAUAUCAA